CCGAGGGACACCGAUUAACCGAUCAUUUCCACGCAAGGUGCUUGUCUUACAGAAACUGAAAGAUGUCCGAUUAUCAUUGCCCAAGUUCCAGUGUUUUGCAGUCCCUCAAGGACAUGGCAAAUCAGUUAAGAAUCGAUAGUAUCAAUGCUACCAAUGCGAGCAAUUCGGGACAUCCAACAUCAUGUGCGUCUGCUGCAGAGAUAAUGUCUGUGUUGUUCUUUCAUACAAUGCGCUAUGACAUUAAAUUCCCGAGAGACCCCAGGAGUGAUCGGUUUGUCAUGUCGAAGGGACAUGCGGCCCCUAUUUUGUAUGCUGUAUGGGCCGAGGCAGGACUGUUCCCUGUGAAAGAUCUGCUGAACCUGAGGAAAAUGGAUGAUGAUCUUGAAGGUCACCCCACUCCUAGGUUGAACUUCAUUGAUGUAGCAACAGGAUCUCUAGGUCAAGGCCUUAGUUGUGCUGCCGGUAUGGCUUAUACAGGCAAAUACUUCGACAAGUCUGAUUAUCGUGUAUACUGCCUGGUUGGAGAUGGGGAGAGUGCUGAAGGCUCUAUCUGGGAAGCUUUGGCAUUUGCUAGCCAUUACGAGCUGGACAAUCUAGUGGCUAUAUUUGAUGUGAAUAGACUAGGGCAGAGUGACCCUGCUAUGUUACAGCAUAAAAUGGAUGUAUAUGAAGCUAGACUAAAGGCAUUUGGCUGGAAUACAUGUGUGGUGGAUGGCCAUGAUGUUGAGGUAUUGUGUAAAACUCUUCAUGAUGCUACAACCGUCAAAAGGAAACCUACCUGUAUUCUGGCAAAAACGUUCAAAGGAAAAGGAUGCCCAGAAAUGGAGGAUGUAAUGAAUUGGCAUGGCAAGCCACUUGGAGCCAAAGCUGAGACUGUUAUACAGACUAUACAGAGUAACAUGAAGAGCCCCCAGGGACCAUGGAAACUACAACCACAAGAAAUCACUGCUACUGUGCCAGAUAUAACCAUUUCCAACAUUAAACUUGCUGAGCCACCCAAUUAUAAGUUGGGGGAACAGGUUGCAACAAGGUUAGCUUAUGGUAUAGCUCUAGAGAAACUUGGGCGGAAUAAUUCAAGAGUUAUAGCAUUGGAUGGUGAUACCAAAAACUCCACAUUUUCUCAGAAGUUUAAGGAUGCCCAUCCAGAUCGCUACAUAGAAUGCUUUAUUGCCGAGCAGAAUCUUGUUGGUGUAGGAAUAGGUUGUGCUACCAGGGACAGAAAUGUUGUUUUCUGUAGUACGUUUGCAGCUUUCUUUACACGAGCAUUUGACCAGAUCAGGAUGGGAGCCAUUUCACAAACCAAUGUAAACUUUGCAGGAUCUCAUGCUGGUAUCUCCAUAGGUGAGGAUGGUCCGUCCCAGAUGGCACUAGAAGACCUGUCUAUGUUCAGAUCUGUGCCAGGAUCUACCGUGUUCUACCCCAGUGAUGCCGUGUCUGCCCAGAGAGCUGUUGAAUUGGCAGCUAACACAAAGGGAGUGUGUUUCAUUAGGACAAGUCGACCAAAUGUUCCUGUUAUAUACAGCAAUGAUGAAGUAUUUGAAGCUGGCAAAGCAAAGGUAGUGAAAAAAAGCGGCAGUGACCAGGUGACUGUGAUUGGAUGUUGUGUAACUCUAGUUGAAGCGAUGAAAGCAGCAGAUAAGUUAGCAGAAGAUGGUAUCAAUAUCAGAGUCAUAGAUCCAUUCACAUUAAAACCACUGGAUAAAGAUACCAUACUGGCUAAUGCAAAGGAAACUGGAGGCAAAAUAAUUACUGUGGAGGAUCAUUACGCAGAAGGAGGUCUUGGUGACAGUGUGGCUGGUGCCCUGAGUGAGGAGACAGGUAUCCGUAUAAAGAAGCUUGCAGUGAGGGAAGUACCUCGAAGUGGGAAACCGGCUGAACUUAUGGACAGAUACGGAAUCAGCGCCAGUUGUAUUGUUAAAGCCGUACAGAGUAUGAUGGUUAGCCAAACUAUUCAACAGCGUUAAUAUAUAAAAUACAGGACAUGCAAGGAAGAUAGACACAUGGACUACAUGUACAUAUAUCACCCUAAUAAAAACUUAAAAAAAAACAUUGAUAUUGGUAACCUUAAACACAUAUUAUUCUCAUUGAAUAGAGGUAUAUUUGUAUUUUGAAUUCCAUUUGUGCCAUUGUCGUUUGUGGCUGGAUUUAGUGUAUAUCGUUUUGAAAGAUGUUUUGUUUUCAGAUUUUGAUAUAAUGCUGUUUCAGGUGUGUUAUUCUUUUUUUAUUCCAUUUAUAGAUAUCUAAGCAGAUUCUUUUGUUAAAAAAAUGUUGGGGUACAUUUAAUUCUGUAACACGUGCAUGUUCAACAAUCUGGUUUCGCUAUCAUGUUUAUAGCCAUAAAGAAAGGUUUAUUCAGAUUUUGAUCAAACCUUGUAGCAGUAUAUGACUUUCAUUUUACUAACCUGCUCUAUUCCUGUUUGUUUCUGUAGUUUAAAGUAGAAAUUAGCUAAACUUUCAAAUGUAAACAUUAUUUUGAUUAUUACUUUUUUAGCUCAUCUGAUUUUUUGAAAAAAAAUGAUGAGUUAUUGUCAUCACUUGAGCGGUUGUCGGCGUCGGCGUUGCCUGGUUAAGUUUUAUGUUUAGGUCAGCUUUUCUCCUAAACUAUCAAAGCUAUUGCUUUGAAACUUGGAAUACUUGUUCACCAUCAUAAGCUGACCCUGUAUAGCAAGAAACAUAACUCCACCUUGCUUUUUGCAAGAUUUAUGGCCCCUUUUGUACUUAGAAAAUAUCAGACUUCUUGGUUAAGUUUUAUGUUUAGGUCAACUUUUCUCCUAAACUAUCAGAGCUAUUGCUUUGAAACUUGGAAUACUUGUUUACCAUCAUAAGCAGACCAUGUACAUCAAGAAACAUAACUCCAUCUUGCUUUUUGCAAGAAUUAUUGCCCCUUUUGGACUUAGAAAAUCAGUUUUCUUGGUUAAGUUUUAUGUUUAGGUCAGCUUUUAUCCUAAACUAUCAAAGCUUUUGCUUUAAAACUUGCAACACUUGUUCACCAUCAUAAGCUGACCCUGUACAUCAAGAAACAUAACUCCAUCCUGCUUUUUGCAAGAUUACUGGCCCCUUUUGGACUUAGAAAAUAUCAGAUUUCUUGGUUAAGUUUUAUGUUUAGGUGAACUUUUUCUCUUAAACUAUCAAAGCUAUUGCUUUGAAACUUGCAACACUUGUUCACCAUCAUAAGCUGACCCUGUACAGCAAGCAACAUAACUCCAUCCUGCUUUUUGCAAUAAUUAUUGCCCCUUUUGGACUUAGAAAAUAAUUUUCUUGGUUGAGUAUUAUGUUUUAGUAUACUUUUCUCAUAAACUAUCAAAGCUAUUGCUUUAAAACUUGCAACAGUUUUUCACCAUCAUAAGUGGACACUGUACAUCAAGAAACAUAACUCUAUCCUGCUUUUUGCAAGAAUGAUGGCCCUUUUUAGACUUAGAAAAUCAUGGGUAGGACAAUAUUUCUAUUAUACAAAAAAAAUCAGAUGAGCGUCAGCACCCGCAAGGCGGUGCUCUUGUUUAAAAUCUGAUACGUUUAGGAUCAUUUGCUUUGGAAUUCAAGCAUUGUCAUACAUAGUUAUUCAGCUCUUCAUGAAAUUUGGUAGUUAGCAUUAUUAAAAGUAUCAUUUAAUUUAGUGUUGCAACACAAAUUAUGUAUUUUCAAAACAAAUCAUUUCAGUGUGAUAAAUUAUGUUGUUAUAGUUUUAGACUAAACAGUCUAGUUGCAGAUGAAAUGUCAAAUAAAUGUAACCAUGGA